AUGCAGACCCCAAUCACAAAGCAAGAGAUGCAAGAAUUAGAGGCGCUAGCUUCACUUACGACAAUCUUUGAUAUGCCAAGUUCAAAGCUGGAGGCCCCUCAAUUCGGAGUAGUUUCAGGACCAUCAGGCAUGGCUCACCAUUCUCGGUCCAUUUCUGCCGAAUCUGGGUCGUCAUCACUCACUGGGACAGACUAUCCGAUGGACUAUAAUGAAUCCCAAGGGUACAACUUUCGUAGAAUCAACCCAGAGGGUCACGUUGUUCAGCGACCAUCGGCACCUCUAGCGCGUCGGCAGAACACAGUAACACCUUACCGCACUGUGGUUCCUCCACGACACGUCCGACACCGACGUCGCCCUGCCACAUCAGAUGAAGAAGAUGAGUUUGACGAAGAAGAGGAGCUCGAGCCACUCUCCGAGAAUGCAACUGCGGCUGAGCGUAAAGAGUACAAGAAAAAAUUAAAUACGCUUGCUGCACGUCGCAGCCGCAAACGAAAGGCGGAGAUUCUCAGACGGCUGGAAGACGACGUCAACCGACUAAACCGAGAGAGGGAUAUCUGGAGAGAACGGGCAAUGAUGCUGGUAGGCAUGCUCGUCGAAAACCAUCUGCCCUGCCCCCAGUUCGAUAUACACGGUAACAUUGUAGGACAGUCCGCAUAA